UCUUUCUGCUGACACUAGACGGCAUCAAGACCAGACCAAGGAAGAUACUCAGUGAAACACAACGGUUUGCAAUGGGGCUAUAUCUGGUGGUCCUCUGGGUCUGUGCUGUGGUGCUGCAUUCCCUUGGGAGAGCAGAGGAAGUAACUCCAAUGACUGAAACAAGUUUCUCUGAGAGCACAGAAGGGUUGACUGCUGGGACAGUUACUACAAGGCUGGAUGUGACCCAAAGCCCUGCUAGACACACACACCAGAGCCUAGAACCUGACCAGAAGCAAGAACUGCCUCCCUUAUACCCCUGUCAGGAUGACGAGACGGAGUACAGUGAAAGAGUGUACCAGAGGGAUUCUCAUGGUGUUAUGCAGCUGGUUCAGAGGGACAACGAUGAAGACCACGAGGACUAUGAAGACUAUGAAGACACUGACAUUGACACCAGCAUUGACACCAGCAUUGACCCCUGCAACCUAUCACCCAGUGGACUGGCCCGCUGUCUUAUCUACCCAACCAAUCAACUCAACUGCUCCUGGAAAUUCCAUGGUCUCCUUAAUGACAGCCAAUCCUCUGCCUCUGUCUCUGUGUGUAGGAACAAUGAGAGUAUCUCCAGUGUGGACUGUGUCUCUGAGGUCAUGGGAGGCCAGGGAUGGCCUGGCGGUGUGGUUCGAGGCGUGUCUGCUGGCUGCCAAGGGAGUGUGGGUGACGGCGUCACCUCUUUGAGUCUGACUUUCAAAGUGUCACGCCCUGGCGUGUGCUGCAUCUACACUAAUAAAAUGGACACCAUAGAUAUUGAAGUACUGCGCCCGCCCCCCAACAUCACUGCCUGGGUCAGAGAGGAGGGUCUGCUGGUGCAGUGGGGUCUUCCGUCCAACACCACACCCAGAUGCUUCCACUACCAGCUCCAGAUCAAUGACCUGGUGAGGAGCUUCACAGAGGGACUGACAUUCACUGAGACCAACCUGGACCACACACAACGGUACGACGUGAAGAUGAGGGUGAGGAAGAAUAGUAACUGCAGAGGAUCUGACCACUGGAGCAGCUGGAGCAACACCGUCCCGGUGGCCCCGUCUGAAUCACACAAUCGGCUGAACACGCAGGCGGUUGCCAUCACUCUGGGGAUAUUCAUGAUCCUCCUGGCUCUGCUGCUGCUGAUCAGACUCCAGAGGGACCGUCUGUUUCCCCCCAUCCCUGGUCCCCCACUGAAGAUUAAACACCUCUUGGAGAGAGACUACCUACUUCAGGCCCUGCCGUCCAAAUGUGUUGAGGAGAUCACAGUGGUGGAGGAAGCUGAGGAAACCCCUGUCAAUAUGGCCAGUUAAACAAGAUGGCCUGUUUUUGAAGUAGCCUCGUAAAUACCAGCGUGAAGCUUGCGGGAUCAGACGGCUUUGCUUGGCUGUUUUAAAGCCCCGUCAACAUUAGCCCCUAGGCUCUCUGGCCGAUCUGUAAGAAGGAUCCCCUUAGCCUAUCAGAGGUCAAUAUGUAGUUAUUAUUUGUUAAUACCUAUACAGUCCUUUCCGAUCUACAAGUAGGACAAGGAGAGUGUGCAGGGCAAGUGUGACAUUCCUGGUCCCAUCCCUCAAGUCUGUGAGUCAACACAGGAAGGAGUAAUGGAUGGAUAGCUAUUUUAUUUCCAAAGCUGCGAUCAUGGGACACACUUAGUAUGGAUGAAUGAUGAGUAGUAGACGGGAUAUAACAGCACUCCGAAAGAAGAUGCAUUCUCCAGUUAGCUACCAACUUCAAAGAGGGAACAUUAGCUAGCAUAAAACCCACAUUGGCAAAUAACAUAUCUGACGCCAAACCAACAGUAUUAGUUACUAAUAACAUAAAUUGCUAAUGUAAAAUGUGGAUUUUUUUUUUUAAUGUAAUGUCAACUUUAUACAUUUCUAUCCCGGGACCAUUCAAUUUUCAACUCACCCACAGCAAUUCUCCAUAAAUUUGCUGUGGAUUACCCAGAAUCCCAUACUUUUAUCACCUAGUGUAUUAGAGAAUGUAAACCCACUAAUCCACCAGGAAGUGGCAUAAUACCAAUUUUUAUGCAAGAAUUUUACAAUUGAAUCACUCUGUUACACAAGCAGUUUCCCUGGUCAAACGUUGGAUUCUAGCUUGAAAUAUACUUAUUCAUAUUACCUACUAUAAAUUAUUGAUGACUUUACAUGUAUAAUGAAUGUAUGUGUUUGGGUAAAUGGCGGAUAAGAACCAGGUGAAUGGAAAGUUAAUCAGUGGGUCCUAUGGAGGGAGGCAAAGGGCAACAGUCUGGUUUCAGUCACUGGUAAAGUAGGACAGCUGUGGAUUAGGGAGGAGUGAGAAAUUUGUCCUGAAGUGAGAAGGAAUAAGACAUUUUUGCAUUUGUAUAAAGAAAAACGAUCACAUUUACAUAAGUAUUUAGAACCUUUACUCAGUACUUUGUUGAAGCACCUUUUCCAGCGGUUACAGCCUCAAGUCUUUUGGGGUAUGACGCUACAAGCUUGGCGCACUUGUAUUUGGGGAGUUUCUUGCAUUCCUCUCUGCAUAUCCUCUCAAGCUCUGUCAGGUUGGAUGGGGAGCGUUGCUGCACAGCUAUUUUCAGGUCUCUCCAGAGAUGUUCAAUCGGGUUCAAGUCUGGGCUCUGGCUGGGACACAAGGACAUUCAGAGACUUGUCCCAAAGCCAAUCCUGCUUUGUUUUGGCUGUGUGCUAAUGGUCAUUGUCCUGUUGGAAGGUAAACCUUUGCCCCAGUCUGAGGUUCUGAGUGCACUGGAGCAGGAUUUCAUCAAGGAUCUCUGUACUUUGCUUCGUUCAUCUUUGCCUCAAUCCUGACUAGUCUCCCAGUCCCUGCCGCUGAAAAACAUCUCCACAGCAUGAUGCCUCCACCAUGCUAGGUUUAACUAAGUGGCAAGGUGAAAAAUCUAUGAAUGUGCCCUGAUCAUAAUGAAGAGUGGGGUCACAGCCAGCCAUUAUGAACGGUAACCCUGGAACCAUAAGGGUAAAGUGCUUUGCACACCCAUAGAUCUUUCACCUUGUCGGCUCGGGGAUUCAAACUAGCAACCUCUGUUACUGGCCCAACGUUCAAACCGCUAGGCUACCUGCUUAAACCCCACCAUCACUAACCCCUAAGCUUGUGGGCUGAUCUGUAAUGAGGAUCCCCUUAACCUAUCACAUGGCAAGAUGCAGUCGUUGCCCUUUAGUUAACACCUAUCCAAUCCUUUCAGAGAGGGGGAUAUGAAAAAAAAACACAUUUCUAAAUAUCAUGUGAAAGAGGACAAAUAUUAGUACCCUCCAAUUACUACACACACUUCAAAGCGUUCCUCCACCUGGAACCACAAACGUGCACUUUUGUAAACAACAAAAGCAUCUCAAAGGCUCAAUUAAAUGCAUGCAAAUAUAUAUUACACACACACACAAACAAAUUGUCCCAUCUCUGUUGAAAACAUAAAAUUGUUAACUAUAUUACAAGCACUGUGUGUGUGGGACAACCUACCACUCCACAGACUCUCGUCUCUCAGCUGUGUUUUGUUCAGGGGGUGUAUGGUCGGGGGAUGCUGUCAGCAGGGACUAUCUGCAGAUGUGGACUUGGUGAUUUGGAGGCUGUUAUGUUUGCUGUAUUGUGUUGCAUUAUGGGCUGCUACUUUGUGUACUUGUUAAUGAAGUGCAGUUACGCAUGUGUGUAGGGAGGAUACACGGACUGCUAUAACAUGGGAGGUAAUGGCGCAUGUGUGUAGGGAGGAUACACGGACUGCUAUAACAUGGGAGGUAAUGGCGCAUGUGUGUAGGGAGGAUACACGGACUGCUAUAACAUGGGAGGUAAUGGCGCAUGUGUGUAGGGAGGAUACACGGACUGCUAUAACAUGGGAGGUAAUGGCGCAUGUGUGUAGGGAGGAUACACGGACUGCUAUAACAUGGGAGGUAAUGGCGCAUGUGUGUAGGGAGGAUACACGGACUGCUAUAACAUGGGAGGUAAUGGCGCAUGUGUGUAGGGAGGAUACACGGACUGCUAUAACAUGGGAGGUAAUGGCGCAUGUGUGUAGGGAGGAUACACGGACUGCUAUAACAUGGGAGGUAAUGGCGCAUGUGUGUAGGGAGGAUACACGGACUGCUAUAACAUGGGAGGUAAUGGCGCAUGUGUGUAGGGAGGAUACACGGACUGCUAUAACAUGGGAGGUAAUGGCGCAUGUGUGUAGGGAGGAUACACGGACUGCUAUAACAUGGGAGGUAAUGGCGCAUGUGUGUAGGGAGGAUACACGGACUGCUAUAACAUGGGAGGUAAUGGCGCAUGUGUGUAGGGAGGAUACACGGACUGCUAUAACAUGGGAGGUAAUGGCGCAUGUGUGUAGGGAGGAUACACGGACUGCUAUAACAUGGGAGGUAAUGGCGCAUGUGUGUAGGGAGGAUACACGGACUGCUAUAACAUGGGAGGUAAUGGCGCAUGUGUGUAGGGAGGAGUAAGAGUUUAUUUUCCAUGUUUUUAAAUUAAUACUUUUGAAAUCCUAUUGAUUCAUGUUCUCAGAAUAAUAAAGAGUGACUCACCUGAAGCCUCCAUCCUUCAGAUUCAUUCUGAAGCGGUGGACGUACGGUGUCCUCCUGAACCAGAGAGGGGAAGAGUUUACACUCGGUUUCAGUAGGUUCAUGUAAAUCAAAAGGUGAGACAAACUGGGGGACAUUAAAACACACUCAAAUGUUGAAAACACUAUCCACUCAUUCUGAAAGUGCUUUUUAGUUCUAAUGAGGUAUUACUACUCAUCUCACUGCAAUACUUCUUAGAGUAUUGUAGUGAGAUGAGUAUAGACCAGGCCAAGAGUGUGCAAAGCUGCCAUCAAGGCAAAGGGUGGCUACUUUGAAGAAUCUCAGAUAUAAAAUAUUUUGAUUUGUUUAACACUUUUUUUGGUUACUACAUGAUUCCAUAUGUGUUAUGUAUAGUUUUGAUGUCUUCACUAUUAUUCUACAAUAUAGAAAAGAGUACAAAUAAAUUAAAACCCUUGAAUGAA